UUUCUCUCUCACACUUGAUGGCAAGAUGACAAAAUGCUGUCUGAGAAUCGACUGAGUUACUCUGUGGGGCUUCCAGUGGAUAUCUAUCUCUCUUGGUGAUCAGAAGAGAAACAAAUGAACAGUACUAAACUAAAGGUACAGUGAGGUGUAGUCGUGGUGUAAAGGACAGAGUGUGAUUCCUGAUUGGGAGGUGGGGGGAAACAAACAAACAAACAAACAAACAGGUGCAUGUUUUCAACGUCCAUGAAAAGAUCAUAAACCUGUGGCACUAUGUACUUACACGGCUUACCUAAUGAAACCGCACCAGACAAUUUUACAUUAAAAAUGCUAGAGGAUAAGCGUAUCUGGACUGCUCUACCUAUAGUUUAUUCAUUGGUUUUUUUAAUCAGCGUUCCAGGAAAUUGUAUUUCACUGUGGAUUCUAAUACGCCACUCUAAACCGAUUACAUCUUCAGUCAUCUUGAUGAUAAACCUGAGCAUCACAGACCUUGCCCUUGCUGUGUUCCUGCCCUUCCAAAUAAUCUAUAACUUCAAAAAGAACCACUGGAUAUUUGGGGAAGCACUUUGCAGUGUGGUGACCAUCAUGUUUUAUGCCAACAUGUAUUGUACAAUAUUAACAAUCAUGCUGAUCAGUGUGGAACGUUAUAUAGGUAUUGUACACCCCAUGAAGGCAAUUAUGUGGAGGAGGAAAAGAUAUGCAGCUGGAGCAAUCAUUAUAAUAUGGGUGUUGUUGCUUAUUGCAUUCAUUCCUAUGGAGUCAACAGACCUGACUUAUAAAGUGAAGCAUUUAAACACCACAACAUGCUUUGAUGUUCUCAAGUGGAACAUGCUACCAAGUAUAUUAUGGUGGGCAAUCUUCAUCAUUGGACUCUUUGUUUUUUUAUUUUUAAUUCCAUCCUUUGUAAUUGUGGUUUGCUAUAUUCGAAUAAUUCGCACAUUAAUUCGGACAUCCAAUAAACACGGUGCAGGGACGGAAAGGAGAUCCAUCAAACUUGCUAUUUUUGUCCUUAUAGUGUUUAUCACCUGUUUUGCUCCAAACAACUUUAUCUUACUAUUCCAUACAAUUGUUCGUCUCUUCUAUAGCAAAAGUUACUAUCAUGCUUACAAACUGACACUUACAUUGAGCUGUUUAAGCAGCUGCCUGGACCCCUUCCUCUAUUACUUUGCUUGCAAAGACUUUCGUAAGAAAGCAUCAGAAUUGUGGAAUCGGAGAUCGCGAAGAGAAUGCUUUGAAAUGAGACGGGAAAGCUUGUUCUCAGCUAUGACAUUUUCCAGUGGACAUGGGGAUGAUUUACAAAAUGGAAACAACCACCAAAACACCAGUGACCAUCCAAAAAAUGACAUGUAGGCACUAUUUGGUCCUUUUUCUGUGUUGUAUUUUAACAGGACAGAGUAUUGGAAAUUACGUUGUCUAUUCAUUCAGACAUGGGAGAGCAGUCACUCAGCAUUUGCAGCAAAGGAGUGAAGAAACAGAGCAGACAGUUAUUUUUUGAUGAUGCAUUUAAAAUACUGACUUUAUAUAAAAAUGUACGUACAUGAAAAUAUGCAAAAUAUAAAUAGUAUUUUUUCUAUAUUAUUAAAAUGCUUGCAAAACAACUUUUCACAUACAAGACAAACAAGUAUAAGAUCACUGUACUGUGGAAAUAUAUAUAUAUAUAUAUAUAUAUACACACACACACACACACACACACACAAAUUACAGAUACGUUUCAAUGCUUUCAAUGUUUAUACAACAACUUCAUCAGGGUACGCUUAAAAAC